AUGCAUUAUAAUAACAACUAUAAACCACCAGAUAAGCUUGUAAAGAAGCUCGAUCCAUACUUUAUUUCUCUUCCUUCUCUGACUGGAGUAAAUGGAGUCUGGGCGAUUUUAAAGUCUGACGCGCCAGCGAAUGUGAGGGAAGCAAUCAAGGAUUUUAAGAAUGAGACGUCUUCAGCCAGUGUUCAUUUGUUCUGGAAGAAAGUUAAAACGGAUGAGGAAAUUGCUGUUGUUCAAGCUGACUAUCAGCGCAAGCAAGUUCUUAUUGAACUAAAAAAUGGGUUUGAAAAUAUGGUGAUUGAGAAUCGUGAAAGAGAAGUAGAGAAGGCUGUGAAUAAGGCAUUACCAGUGUUGGAUGCUUCCAUAGCAUCAUCUUGUGAUACUCCCAUAGCAUCAUCUCCUUGUAAUGCUUCUACAACACCACAACAAUUCUCACAUGCUUUCAUCACAACAUCACCACCUCGUUAUACUCCCACAACACCACCUUGUAAUACUUCCAUACCACCAUCAUCUCUUUAUACUCCUACAACAUCCCGUCAUAAUGAUUCCAUAACAUCACUAUCACUAUCACUGAAUAUUCUUAAGCGUUCUCUUGAUAUUUAUGAAACAAGUUACGAAAUGGAUUGGGCACCAUGGAAAUUUGAUAUCACAAUAAAUAAUGUAAAGAUAGAACGUGUACUUAGGAACUUGCAUGAAAAAUGCCAGAAGACGAAACCAAAAACUAAAACAUCACUUGAAUAUGGCAUAAUUGAUCUUAAUAACAGUAUCAUUUUAGAAGCCUUGGGACAAUCAGUGAUAUCACAUUUUGAAACAAAGAUGCAAGGAUAUAAACCUAAAAAAGCUUUAUCUGUAGAAGUUAGGAGAAUUUUAAAAACAUUUAAUGUUACGUCUUUGGAAGACCUUGGAAAAGCACUUGACAAAGUCAAAAUUGAUCAUAACAAUUUGGAUCGUGAUAUUAUUUACUUGUAUCGCCUUUUCCAAAAAUUCUUUUUGUUAUUUCAAGAUAAAGCAACAAUAAACCUCGAUAACAGAGACCUACCAGAAGGCUGGUAUAACAGCCACAUCGUAGCACCAAUCUUCGAUGAUUGCCUCGAAUCAAUGGAUCAAUGUAUUCUCCGACGAAGUGAAGUGGAAAGCUUUGUGCAAAAGCUUCUUGAUAAAAAAUCAAGAAAAAAGAGGAAAUAUGACGGCAUUUUAUCUUUUAGCAGACAAUUUGAGUUCAUAUACGUAGAGACGGCAGCAACUUCCGUACUUUCGAAGUCAGAUAAAGAUUUAUCGAAACUACAUAAUGCUAUUAUCCUUAUGUUUAAGCAUAUGGUAUCUACGUUACCGGAAAAAUUACUACAUGAGAUUUCAUCCAUGCCUGUUCUCUGCGUGCAAUUCAGCGGAGCAAGCGUUGAAGUAUAUUUAGCAAUUUGGUUAGCAAACAUGCGACCGAUAGUUUUCUCAAUUAUGGAUUUCGAAAUAGCAGAAGAGAUAACAACGUUUCCGAAAAUGACAAAAGUUGCCGCCAAAAUGCUGUCAUUGCGGCCGUUCAUUCAAGGUCUACAUAAAAGAUACCAAACAUUGUUAACGAAAGAAGCCGACUAUUAUUUGGAUGAUGACAACACCUGGGCAUCACCAAUAAGGAUGAAGGCUCGUCAUUAA